AUGGAGGAAGUUGCCAAGUGCACUCUGCACCAGAUGAACCCUAGGAAGUGUGUUGCUUUUGAAGGUGCUAACAUUGGGAGGAGGUUCUAUGGAUGCCCUGUUCAGAAAGGAGGUCUGAAUUGUGGUGUAGUUCAGUGGGUUGAUCCUGCCUGGCCUGGUGUACUUAAGAACUGCCUCAUCAAGAUGUGGGAAAUGUUCCACGAGCAAAACCUUGGAAGGAUUCAAGACAAGCAUGCAUAUGAGGAUGAGGUUGCCAAGUUGAAGAAGGACUAUGAUCAUCUCUGCACUGAGUAUCAUAAAAUGGUUGAUGAUGUUAGCAAGAUGUUUGACUGGCAGGAUGGUGUUGGCAAGAUUGACUACCAGAAAGCAAUGGAUGCUGAGAUAUAUGAGAAGCUAAGGCUAGCAAAAGAACAGAAGUGUAUCCUUCAGGCCCAGGCAGACAUAAUUCACAACACCAGGAAGGCUAUGAAAGAGAUAAAGGUAGACAUGGAUCUUCUUGCACAAGAGAAGAAAGAGCUUGAGAAAGUAGUUGCUGAUCUGCUGAAUGCUGGCCAUGGGAGCAAGGAAAAGCUUGAGAAAAUCAAGGCCAUACUAGAGGCUUGA